AAUAAUUUAGUUUUGAAGUUCAAUAUCUGUUAGAAUACUGAAAUAAGGUCACGAAUAAAUGGUUGAAAUGAAUGUAAAAUAAAUUCUUUAAAGAUGCAUGUCAACCAAGAUGCACUACGCGCUUUUGUUAUCGUUCGUGAUCCGACAACGAGAGCGAUCUCUGAUUUCACGCAAACACAACGAAGCGCCAAGAAUACUGGACGAUCUUUUGAAGAAGUUGCUACAAGACAAAUUAGUCAAGUCAAAACAAUAGUUAACGAUCGUUGGGCGGCAAUAAAAAUCGGUGCUUAUUCAAAACACCUUCUGCGUUGGCUUCGAUAUUUUUCAAAGCAACAAUUGCAUUUGGUAAGCGGAGAUGAGUUGAUUAAAUCUCCUUACGAAGAAAUCCAAGCCCUUGAGAGUUUUUUGAACCUUACUCCAUUCAUCAAACGGGAACAUUUUAUUUUUAACAAAACGAAAGGAUUUUAUUGUUUUGACAAACAAAUUAGCGAGCCAGUGCAAAUGAGCAAAACUGACAAGAUUAAUCUACAUUGUUUGGGUAGUGAGAAAGGAAGAUCACACGUAGUUGUUUCAGAAAAAAAUCCUGCUAUGCUUCGCGAUUAUCAUCGGCCUUUUAACAAGGAAUUGUACACUUUAGUGGGAAGAGAUUUCGGUUGGCCUUGAAGACAUUUAACAGAAACAUGAAACAUGUAUUAUAUUCGCCAUCAAAAGAUGUUUUAUUUAACAGGAAGUUGAGCAAUUAAUAUUUAAUAUUUUUUACACAAAAAAUA